UCAUACACACGUAUAGUUGACAGCAUUCAACGGUACGAUGGCUUGGUGGACAGCAAGGUUUGUUCUGAUACUUGUCUCGAUUUUCAUCAAUUUACCAAGCUGCCAGGCCCUCUACGCCUCAUGUCCGCCUGGCUGGCUGAAAUGGCAGCAAUCUUGCUACAUCCGACUCCCUAACAGGAUGAAUUGGUUUGAGGCCUCGGAGGCUUGUAACCGGCCGGGAAGCAGUCUGGCCGUGCCCAACUCGCGGGAAGAAAACGACUUCAUCUGGAAGUCAGUGGGGCCACAGACUAACGGUAUGUGGAUCGGCUGUACGGAUGCGGCCCAAGAGGGUAUCUGGCUGUGCGGAGGUCAACCUCUGGCUUUUUCAAAUUGGUAUCCUGGCAAUCCGCUCACCGACAACCAGCGUAACUGCGCCCGGAUGACGAUACACGAUGCCGGGGGCUUAUGGUCCGACAAUGCGCCUUGCGGUAGCAAAAACCGCAAACAUGCAGCCUGUGAGAUGACGGUCUCGGCGAUGCCAGCCUACCACACCUUCACCGGUCCCGAUGGGCGUGUCCCCCAGCGGUGCCUCCUCCAUCACGACAUCAAGAAUCUGACGGCAGAGGGCGUGCUUGACUGUGGCUGGGCUUGCCGGGCCGAUCCGCGAUGCCGCUCCUUUAAUCUCUGGCAGAGCAGCAAGAGAGAAAAGAUGUGUCAACUCAAUGACGUCAUUCAUCUUGGGGCUGAUGUCACCGACUACAAGGCAACCAACAACUGUUACUAUUUUGAACUGUAAACAGAUUUCGACCGAAAGAUAACUUGCCGUCAAUGCUCGGACAAUAUCAUUCUCAGACUGCAAUGGAUCACAAUUCGCACUUGCCGUCAAUGCUCGGACAAUUAAAAUACGACUUCUCUCUCAAUUACACACACUUUUCGACUGGGAAGCAUUGCCGCCUAAAUUGUUUGAGAAGGAACUGCGUCGAAGGAUUUUUAGUUUACUUUAGAGAUUCACAUAUUAUCCCCGUCAAUGUACUCAUUCAAGUGCUUUACUAUAAAAUCCGGAUCUCGGUUAAAUAUUUCUUCGUCAUCUCUAUUAAGUUUACGCAAAUGAACUGUUAGUAGUCCUUAACGAAAAUUUUAAUCAUUUUCCAAAACAAGAAAAAAAAAGGAAAAACAUUUUUGCAGCUAUGAAAUUUUCUUUUUUCCACGAUUUAAGUCUAAAUUUAAGUGCACAAACAAAAACAUGUAUUAGAGUGAGCGUAGAUAACAAAAUGAUGUGUUUUCGUGAUGUAAA